AUGGCAACGAUGGCGAGCGAGGACAUCGACUUGCUGCUGCAAGACGGCAUCCAGGCGGCGGCGAACAAGUUUAACCAUGGAAAACAUGCAAGAAACGAAGAAAAACAUGACAGUCGAGAGGAGGCAGAGGACGGACGUCGCUCGUCCAGUCGUCGCAGCAGAUCACGCAGUCGCAGCCACUCGCGUCGUCGUCAUCGGGAGCGCUCUCGUUCUCGACCCAAGAGACGACGUCAUUCACGUCGCUCUCCCUCCCGUUCUCCACGUCGCAAUCGUGGGAGUCCUCGACGGGACAAAAGACGCAGCCACAGUCGCAGUAGAGAACGACCGUUGAGAAAAAGUCGCAGCAGGGAGCGGCCGCCGAGAAAAAGUGGCAAGAGCAAAAGCCGAUCGCGCUCGGCUCCUCCAGUAGAGGCGCGAGAGCGAAGCACGUCGGCAGAACGUGCAGAACGUGCUAAGCAGCGUGAGCUUAUGGAGCUCACUCGCGACCACCGUACGGUGUUUGUGGGACAGCUGACGCAAAAGGUGCGCGAGAAGGAUCUCGAGCGGUUUUUCACCAAGAUUGGAAAAGUUGAGAGCGUCCUCUUGAUUUGUGACAAGUUUACGAAUCGCUCUAAAGGCUUUGCGUACGUGGAGCUGUCGAAUUUGGAAGAUGUCCCGAAAGUUCUGCUGCUGAAUGGACAGGUACCGGAUUUUCAGGUGUUUCCCAUUAUGAUCAAAGCAUCUGAAGCCGAGAAAAACUUUGCUGCAAAGAAGGACUCGGUGAUGAACGCUGCUACUACAGCGAGCUCAACUCUACUUUCGGCUGACGCGUCAGGUGCUGGUCUGGCUGGCGUGAUUGCUGGUGGAGGAGCAGGCGGGAUGUCGGCGUCAGCACUGUCAGCGGCGAGUCGUAUCUAUUGCGGCAACCUCCACACGAAUAUAACAGAGGAUGACUUGCGGAUCGUGUUCCAGUCAUUCGGUGAAGUGCUGUCGGUGACUAUAAACCGCGACGAAAUGGGCCGCUCCAAGGGGUUUAGCUUUAUUCAGUUUAGUAGCCCACAGGAAGCUAACUUUGCGUUGUCCAAAGGGAACGGACUCGAGCUUGCAGGCAACUACCUGCAUCUCGGUCCAGUGAACGAAAAUGCGAUGGGCAGUGGUAAGAGAGGCGUAGGUGGAGGAGGUGCAGGCGGUGCCGACAAUGGUGCUGCAGGUGGCCGAUGGAAGCUAGAGGAUGAUGAAGGCACCGGGCUCAGCAUGAACGCGCUGUCGCGCUCGGCUUUGAUGGCCAAGCUCGCUGGCAAUGACGUGAAUCUGUUUCCAAUGGCAAUGGGGGGUAGUGUCAGACACGUUGGGAGUUAUCCAGUGUCUGCCACUGACAUGACCAACAGCAUGGCUGCAAGUGCCGCUCAACGGGCGGAGCAGGCAGCGGCACUGAUGUCAUCGAUGGAGAUCGAAGGCAGCGAGUCGUUUUGUUUCGUGGUGAAGAAUAUGUUCGAUGUGUACCAGGAGCAAAAGAGCGGGAACUUGGACUGGUCCGUGGAGAUCCAGCAGGACGUGGAAGAGGAAUGUGGUCAGUAUGGGCCUGUGCUUCAUACAUACGUUGAGAAAGAGAAGCAGGGCGGUCUCGUAUACGUGCUGUUCGACAACGUAGUCAGCGCUGUAUCGGCUGCCAAAAAGCUGCACGGUCGCUGGUUUAACAAGCGCCAAAUCAGUGUACGGUACUUGUCGUCGCAGGAGUAUGUCGGCAUGUUUCCCGAAGUCCGGUCUGCUGUACAGACCGCGCGUGCCAAGAGUUCCCAGUAA